AAUAUAAUAUAAAUAAAUAAUGGCGAUUUAAUUUAAUAUUUUCCCCAUUCUGGCAUUCGCCUUGAAGAUUCCUUACCCGCGUUGCGCGUCCAUGUAUUUUCCUUCUUCUCUCUCCUCACCCCCUUUUUCAAGUGCGCCAUACAGUUAUCACUGAAUAUAUAUAUAUAGAGAGAGAGAGAGAGGAGAGAGAAAGCGCUAUUUAAACCGUUGAGCACGUGUGGCAUUUCCGUAAUUCCCACCCACCCCAAAAAAAAAAAACUUCUCCUUUUUCCGACGGCGAAGGGUAGAAUCGUAAAUUCAACCAGUUCCGAUGGACCCGAGCGGCACGCCGAGAGGAAGUUCCACUUCGGGCCGGUCCUCCCUGCUCGACUCCCUGCGCGGCUUCACUCUCUCCGGCGUGCGUAUUCAGAAGGAGGAGCUCCGGAAGAAAAUCACUUUGCCGGAGUACCUCCGGCUCGCCAUGAGGGAGGCGAUCCGGGGAAAAGACGCCUCCGCCUCCGCCGUGGUUCGGUUCCACGAGGCGGCUCGCGCCGCCGACGGAGCCGAGCCGGCUGAGUGGCCGAUUGUGGUGUUUGUCAAUUCGAAGAGCGGCGGGCGCCACGGGCCCGAGCUCAAGGCCCGGCUCGAAGAACUCAUGGCCGAAGAACAGGUUUUCGACCUCUCGACCGUGAAACCUCACGAAUUCGUUCAGUACGGAUUGUCUUGCCUUGAGAACUUCGCCAGUCUUGGAGACACCUGCGCGAAACAGACUCUUGAAAAACUUAGGAUUGUGGUGGCGGGCGGUGAUGGCACGGUAGGCUGGGUCCUAGGUUGUCUGGGAGAACUAAACAAACAGGGUACAGGCUCGACAGUUCCUCCAACUGGAAUUAUACCACUUGGUACUGGAAAUGAUUUGUCGAGAAGUUUUGGUUGGGGUGGCUCGUUCCCUUUUAACUGGAAAUCAUCGAUUAAAAGAACACUUGACAAGGUCGCUCGUGGCCCUGUUGUUCGUCUCGAUAGUUGGCAGGUUUUAAUAUCAAUGCCAGCUGGCAAGAAAUUGGAUACACCGUAUUCUUUGAAGGAAACAGAAGAGACACCUCUCGAUCAGGAGCUAGAAGUUGAAGGGGAGCUUCCGGAGAAGGUUUCAUGCUAUCAAGGAGUCUUUUAUAAUUAUUUCAGCAUAGGAAUGGAUGCUCAAGUGGCUCACGGAUUCCACCAUUUACGCAAUGAACGACCUUACCUCGCUCGUGGUCCCAUCUCAAACAAGAUAAUAUAUUCCGGAUACAGUUGCAAGCAAGGAUGGUUCUUCACGCCAUGCAGCAGCAAUCCCGGUUUGAGGUCUUUGAAGAACAUCUUGAGAAUAUUCAUUAAAAAGGUCAAUAGUUCUAAGUGGGAGCAAAUCUCUGUGGCGUCGAGUGUACGAUCUAUCGUUGUUCUUAAUCUUCCUAGCUAUGGAAGUGGAAGAAAUCCAUGGGGCAAUUUAAAGCCAGAUUAUCUUGAAAAGAGAGGAUUCGUUGAGGCUCGUGCGGAUGAUGGAUAUCUGGAAAUCUUCGGUUUAAAACAAGGAUGGCAUGCUUCAAUGGUGAUGGCUGAACUCAUAUCUGCAAAACACAUAGCCCAGGCUUCAGCGAUCCGAUUUGAGCUUAGAGGAGGAGAGUGGAAAAAAAUCAUAUAUGCAAAUGGAUGGGGAGCCAUGGAAACAACCGAUUAGCAAGGAGUUCUCGACAUUUGUGGAGAUUAAGAGAGUGCCACAUCAUUCGAAUAUGGUAAGGGGAGAUUAAUUAGUUUCGACUAAUUUAUUAAUGUAAAAACAUUUUUCUCGUAUAUAUAUUCCUAUUUUUAGUUUUGUAUCUAAUCUAUUAUUUAGGGGGAAAAAAGAAAUUAUCUAGUGCUGAAUCUCCAAACUUGUGCUAGAUUCUGUAAUGUUGGUGUUCUUCGUUUUGUGUUUUUAAUUUAUUUAUUAGGAAAUGUAUUCUCGGAAGCGAGAGGAACGAUUUUUCGAUGUACGUGUGUACUGAAUGUCGUGGGCGCUUAUGUGUACUGAAUGCACUAUAAUGCUAGGAUUUGCGUCUUUCC